UUUUCUUGUUUUGAGGCGUUAGUCUUUGCUCCAUCGCAAACCUGGACGUGUGCUAGAGAAAUGGCUUCGUGCGUGCGUGUGCCUGCAUUUUCGUAAUUCUUAGUCCAGAUGAAUCGGGACACUCUCAUUAAUGAAUGAUGAAAGAUGGCUUCAAGGAUGAAAAAGAAUGUUGAGAUUUGGAAACAGCGGGAAGAAGACCAUAAACAGAAACAGCUAAUCAAUCCAUUCUCUGACUGGGAAGGAGCUUCACACAGACAGGCAUUGAGCAAGGAUGAUCCCCACUACGGUCGACCAGUCGAGGGGACGAAGACGGAGUUCCGUGGUAAAAUGGCAGGUGAACUUAUCAGUGGCGAAGUGAUCGAGCUCUGUGACGUCAUCGCAAAUAUUGGAGAGAAACAAAGUAACGGUGUGUACACAGUUUCCUUCGGUAAAUUAUUUGAAGCGUAUACAUUAAUCUCCAACAAGCUCGUGGGUAUGCUGAUGAGGGCACGGAAACAGAAACUACUGCACUUUGAGGGUGAAAUGUUGUAUCAGAGGAGAGACGAUGAUGUGAUCAUAACAUUGUAUGUUCUGCCAAAAAGAUCAGACUAGAAAUGACACUACAUGUUUUACAAAGCUAAUUAUUCGAAGAAUUGAUUCGGCUUUUACAGAACUGAAAAUCAAUGGGUGCAUACACAAAGCUUUUAAAAUGAAUACCAGUCCAUGCAAAAUUUAUUUAAGCAUUGAACUGUUUUUGUAUGGUAUUUAUGA